UUCAGUUGUCAGUUAAUUCCUUCUUUAUUUUUAUUUUCUCGAAAAAACAUCAAAUUGACUCAAGAUACUAAUGCAAAUAAUAAAGGAAGUCUUGAAUGUCUCAAAAAUAUCAAUAAGGAAUUUUUGACCAAAAACGAAGUUACUGCCUUUUGCCUUUGUAGGGCAGUAUAGUAUAAAGUUGCUACUGUUUUUAAUCUACUAUUAAUUGGCACAAUAAUUAAUCACUUUCCUAAACUAUCCUCUGCAGAUAUGUGACUGAGCUCCUUGGGGGGGAGACUUAUGUCUCGUGCUCUGUUGUGUUACCUGCUCUCCGCCACCUGACCCACAUCAUGGAGGUCUCAGAUGAUGACCCAGCCUAUGUGGUGAGGUUCAAGGGUGACUUUAAAAAGGACCUGUCUCAACGCCAAGAUACCCUCAAUCUUGGAUGGCUCAGGGUGGCUACAGCACUCGACCCCCGCUUUAAGGACCUAAAGUGUCUACCAAGAGGAGAGCGAGAAGGGGUGUGGACCAGCAUUGAGGCACUGCUGCGAAUAGAACCAAACAGAGCCACUCCAGAACCCACAGAGGAGCCAGCAAGGAAGAGGAGCCUCCUACUGUUUAAUUCAGACUCUGAAUCAGAGGAUGAAGAGGCGCACAAAGUGGCUCUGGCCCGCUACAGGGCAGAGCCCACCAUCAGUGAGACAGACUGCCCACUGCAGUGGUGGUCCACUCAUGAGGGAGCCCAUCCACAGCUUUCUGCCCUGGCCCGCAAGUAUCUGGGCAGCCCUGCCACUUCUGUCCCUUGCGAGAGACUUUUCUCACAGGCAGGCAACAUUGUUCAAAAGAAAAGGGCAGCCUUGAGCUCUGAAAAUGUGAACAGGCUAGUGUGUCUCAGCAACUGGCUAAAAGAGAAGGAGAAGUAGUAGUCAUAGAUGUAUCCUGAGGCCAAUGGGGUUGUUGUUACUGAAAUGUUGAUUAAACAGUGGCCUAAGCAAAGGAAAGAUUUAUUUUUCAUCAGGAUAUUGGAAGAAUAGGGACUGAGGUCAAUCACUGGCACUUUUUUAUUUUAUUUUAAAUGGUACACUUUUUGUUGAACUAUGCAUUAUGUUGUUGGUGCAGCUGGCACUUUAUGUUGAACUCUUUAUUGUUUUGGCCAAGGUUAUUGAGAGUUGGACUGAAAUUAACUUUCUUUUUUAACCAGCUGUUGGUAAAUCAACAAAGUCUGUUAUGGCCUCUGAAGCAACAGAGAGAUGUUUUCUAAUAGUCAGGGUUUCUAAUGUUCUGACUGAAUUUACUUGAAAGUUUUGUGUUUUACUUAAAAAACAUAGUUUACAAAAGGUCUACCUACCUAUAGGCUGCCUGAAGUUUUGAAAUGUACUACAUUUCUUUCUAAAUGUGUUAUUGCUACACUUAAUGGCAAAAAUUGCACUAGUCUGUUGGACUUGGUUGAACAAAAAUAAACAAUAUUUUGUUGCUUAAGCUUAUGUAUUCAGUCAUUAUUCAAUAGUAUACAAAAACUCCAUGUGAAAAAAAUAACUUCUCAGUGUUCUCAGGUCAAAUUUUAAUAUGCAAUUAAAAUGCGAUUAAUUUCGAUUAAUUAAUUACAAAGC